AUGGCUGCGUUGGGCGGCGACAUUGCCUCGCCGUUUGGCCCGCUGCAGGCCGAGCUGGCUCGUAUGAGAAGGUCGAAUCUUACAGCCGCCAUCCAAGAUGUCGACAAGAUUAUCGAUUACCUCGUGGCGGCCAGAGAGCAGGUUGCUGCUGCGGACGCCGAUUCCCAUCGAAUUAGCAUGGCAAUGACAACACUUCAAAACCCCGUCAAGGAUCGCCUCGAUGCCAUCACCAAUGAUCUCAAAGAUGUCACAAAAGCACAGCGGAGCUUCGGAAAGGCCCUAGACAAGGCCUUGCCGCAUAGAGAAUUGCCGAUGGAAACAGACGCCAUGGCCGACCAUGCCGGUCUCAUAAAUCGCGCUAUCGCGAUGCAUCUCGUCCGGGAGGGCCAGUUUUCCGUUGCAUCGACCUUUGUCCGCGAGUCACGAGACCAACCCCUCCAUUCUUUAGACGCCGCCUGGUCUCCUCGGACGGCACGGACGGACGAAGAUGGAGAUGAUAAUAUGAUACAAGAAGACGGAGUGGGAGAAGAGAGCGGCGGGCACGGAGCCAACGAUUAUCCCGAAGAUUUACAGGGACAGUUUGCGGAAAUGUACAGCCUCCUUUCGGAACUGAGAAACAGGAAUUUGGGUCCGGCGAUCAAGUGGGCGCGCCAAAACAACAGCAGAUUGGAGGCGACAGGCAGCAACCUGGAGUUUGAACUCUGCAAGCUUCAAUUCGUCUGGCUGUUUAAGGGCCCAGAAGUGAAUGGUCUUCCUGACGAUGAGAAUAAUGGGCAAAUGGGCGCGCUGAGAUAUGCAAGAGAGAAUUUUUCUCGAUUCCAGACGAGACAUCUGAAGGAUAUUCAGCAGUUGUGCGGAGCGAUGGUCUUUGCGCCCAACAUCGAAACAUCCCCCUACCGGCACAUCUUUCAGAUCAACUCGGCAUUCGAAGACGUCUCCGCCUCCUUCACCAGGGAAUUCUGCUCUCUAUUGGGCUUGUCGGCAGAAUCGCCGCUAUACGUCGCCGUCACUGCUGGAUCCAUCGCUCUCCCGCGGCUCAUCAAGUACACAACCUACAUGAAGGAAAAGAAGACGGAAUGGACGACGGAGAACGAGCUAGCUUUUGAAACUCCACUCCCGCCAUCUAUGAUCUACCACUCCAUCUUCGUGUGUCCCGUCAGCAAGGAACAGACAACAGAGCAGAACCCCGCAAUGAUGAUUCCGUGUGGACAUGUCAUUUGCAGAGAGAGUUUACACAACAUGGCCAAGGGCUCGAGGUACAAGUGCCCCUACUGCCCAACGGAAGGCCAUUUGAAGGAUGCCAUCAAAAUCACCCUUUGA